AUGUGAUUGAUCUUAAAAUAUGAUUAAUUUUAAGGGGACGUUUUUCUCGUUUGCAAAUUAAAGUGGUGAGUCGCUAUUCUAACAAACUGAAUGAUACUAAUAAUAUUCAAAUGACAAUUUUCGUUCCAUUUCAAUGAUUUUGGUUCAAGGUGAUCUGGCCGUACAUAUAUACGGCGUAAGACUCGCGUCUUAACUUCUCGCGCGUGUACAAUAAUAUGUGUAUGUGAGCUUUUUUUAUCCGUUCGUUAUCAUAAUCAUAAUGAUGAGUUCUCCUUUCCCGAAGAUGAUACUCACGCGUGCGAUGAAACAUGAUAUCGUAUAAAAUCAUGAUGAAAACAAGCGCACAAUUUCGCAUUCUAUUGCGCAAAUUAUCACGUGUCAGUCGUGGCACGUGCGAAAAUAUGCUGUCAUCCAAAAUUGGGAAAGUUACUUUAGUAACUCAUCAUCAUUACUGUUCUUUUUGCUAAAGAAUAAUUCGUUAUCAUCACUCGUAACCAAUUUUGAAAAGUAAUUUGUUACCGUCAUCAUUAUAGAAAUAAUAACGAAUCGUUGCAAUUUUCGUUACUGUUUUUCAUGAUGUGUACGCGUCUAGAAAGGAUAUGUCAACGAGUAGAGAGAAUAUGAUGGUAUGGGGCAAUGUGUGACUCUACUCGAAAAAGACUUACAGCUAUUACAAAAUCAACUAAAAAAAAAACAUAUAAAAUUAAAAAUAUAUGUUGUUACAUAUUUUGUCAAAAUUACUUAAUUUUAAAAAAAUAUUUAAUACUCAUGUGUGUUUCUUUGCGGAAAUCACGCCGCAUAGGUUCGAAAAGUAACAAUAAAAGUAACUGUUGAAUUUGUUACUCGUUAAUGAAAAAAUGUAUCAAAAUCAUUCUUUCUAUUAGAGACAUUUGUAACGCCAUUAUUUUUACCGUUAAAGAAAAAUAACUAUAACAAUAACGGCGUUACAAGUAAUGCAUUAUUUUCCAACUUCACUAGUCAUCUAUCUUGCUAAUCGUAUCGAUUCUUUAAUCUAAACCUAGUAACCUUUCCGUGAUAUAUUACGAUAAUGUAAAAACAUAAAUCUGUGACGACAAAAUUGCAUAAUAUCUGAGGAUAUGCAGAGGAUAAAAUUCUUAACAUAUAUAUUACUUCCUUAUUUCUUGUAAUUAUAAUUUUGCAGCGAAUUUUAUAUUGACACAUUUUUCUAUGCGAUCCUAAAACAGCGAUUUUUAGACGAAAUGUGUACAACAUUUGUAACUAAUUAGAUCGUUUUUCAUUGUUUUUCGAUCUGUCCUGGGUUAGAACGUGGAUCGCAUUCACGUCACUUGCUUACUUUUAAGCACGAUAUGCAGCACACCAUUUUUAUGUAAAUUAAUGGCAUUUUAUGUAAAUUACCUUGGACGUUUGAUACUAUAUCGAUCGGUAUAAUUAUUAUUAGCUGGCUAUUGAAAUUAAAAUACUACUGUCAAUUAAUCAUGAAUAAUAAAGGUAGUUUCGUAACAAUAGUUUUCCCGUCGUAAUUUCCAAUCGCGAUUCGCGAUCUCAUCAUCUCGUUUCAGUGAUGAACGCACUCAUUCGCGCAAUCGUCAUUGUUCAUAUUCAUGAAUGACACGAGUCACCGCUAAACGAUGAAUGUCCGCGGAAAAACCUACGUAAGUCGUAUCAUUUUUUUUCUUUAAAAAAAAAAAAAAUUGGAUUAAAACUGACAUGCCAAGAGAACGAUUUUAGAAAUCAUUAACUUCAAUCAGAUUAAUCGAUAUAAAUAUUAAUCAAAUUAAUUUGUAAGAAAAAUCACAAGAAUUUCUUCGUACAUAUUCAAAGACGCUACUUAGAUAUUUUGUAAUUAAAUUCAUAGCAAUUUAUUACAUGCGCAUUAUCCGCAAUCCUUUUGAAUAAUAAUACAAAGCUCGCAGUUGAUUGCGCGACGGUUGAUAUAUCCGCCAACAAAUGCGACAACUAUAAUUCUCAUCGCAUGUUAAUUAUAUAAUCCUCUUGCUACACAAGUAAGAUAAGAUUCUGUUUAGUUAUACGUUCUUUUUUCCAGAUCAAGCAAGAAUAUUUUGUUCAGUAAUGCAAAAAUUGGCGUUUCUUUACAAGCCUUAUGCGUUGGCUAUAUUGUCGAUCGGUUAUGUCCUAGCAGAAUUGGGUCAUUUUAUAAUAGGUGUAACGACCAAAGAAAUCGCCGAGGACCUGCAUUACGGCGAUAUUUCCUGCCAAUUUAAUUCGACGACGCUAUGGGUAGUCGACCUUCCGGUGCAAUGCGAAAUUGCGGACAAUUCCACUUACUGCGAGUCCCUGGAAUUGAACGGAUCUCAUUACUGCGAAUGGAAUUACAAUGGCCUCGGUCUGGACUAUCAAAUCCUGGCGGGGCCUAGCUUCAUCGCGAUCUACACGAUCGUCGGUAUUAUCUUGGGUAUUGCGGCGGAUAGAUAUAACAGAGUGAGGCUGCUGACGGUUUGCACUCUGAUAUUCAGUGCCGCGAUCUUCCUGAGCGGAGCGGUGAAGGAAUACUGGCAGCUUCUCAUUCUACGAAUGGUCCUGGCGGCGGGGGAAGCAGGAUGCAAUCCAAUGGCCACUGGUCUUCUGUCCGACUGGUUCGAGGAAGAGCAACGAGGCCUUGUCAUGUCCAUUUUUAAUUGGGGCAUUUACGGUGGUUACGGCAUCGCCUUUCCGGUCGGUCGCUAUGUGCCCAAUCUAAACGCCUGGGAUCUGGGCUGGAGAGCAUGUUAUUACGGUGCCGGCGUGAUCGGUUUAAUCAUCGCCGUUCUCACCGGUCUGACGCUCACCGAGCCGGAGAGGAAGACGAUCGGCGAGGAAGCCAAUGACGGGAAGCAAGUAUCGAUUUGGAAAGCGCUACUGCAACCGCGCAUUAUUCUCUUAUGCCUCGCCGCCAGCAUCAGACAUUGCGGUGGCUUGUGCUUCGCUUACAAUUGUGAUCUAUACUACAGGGAUUAUUUCCCGGAUUACGAUCUCGGUUGGUGGCUUUUCGCCGUCACGAUCGUCAUCGGCAGCAUCGGUGUCGUGGUCGGCGGGAUAGUUAGCGACAAGUUUGUGGCGAAAAUGGGAAUUCGAUCACGCGUUGCUUGUUUGGCAAUUAGUCAGAUAAUCGCGACACCAUUCGCAUUCGGUUCGGUAUACUUUAAUCCUCUUUGGGCUAUGAUCACACUGGGAAUCUCUUAUUUCUUCGCCGAAAUGUGGUUUGGAAUACUCUUCGCCAUCGUGGUGGAGAUCGUUCCUUUAAAUCUGCGAUCCACCACCGUUGGCGUUUUUUUAUUCGUCAUGAAUAACAUCGGCGGAAACUUACCGAUACUCGUCGAACCCACCAGAAUGGCCAUUGGUUUCCGAGAAUCAUUAUACAUUUAUUAUGCUGGCGCCUACGGCAUCAGUUCUAUUAUGUUCUUCCUUACUAUGUUCCUAAUGGACGGUUCUGCGGAGGUGGAGAGAAAAGUGGACACGGAGGUGGAAAAGACCGCUUCGCCGGCAUACGACAAUAGCACAUUUACUAACGACGAUGGCCAAUUAUCAACAUUGGAGUUACCGCGGUUUCCGGCACGACCGCCGAUCUAUGAACAUUCUCGGUUAUGAGCCAUGAAGAGCCGUUGCUCUACAGAAUAAGCUGUAAAUAGUAGCCAUGUGUAAGCUAAAUACAUUUCGCGUAGCUUAUAAUGAUAACGGCAAUAACCCAUUAACAUUAAUCAAAAAUCAUUUUCAAGAAAAGCGCAAGGAGAAAUAUCGAUAAAUAUAAAUUCUUUUAUGAUAAAAAAAAUAUCAAACAUAAGUGUGAUAUUUUCUUUUGCGUUUUUCGUCGAUCGUUGAUAGGUUAAAGUUCCUCGCGUCGAAUUGAGACUUAUGAAAUUGUGCAAGCGCGCAAUUUACCAAAUAACAGCUGCGAUAAUUAAAAAUUCUGUUUUGUUUAAGUUUAAUGCGUUGCAAAAUGCUCGUGAACAUACGGCGCGAAUUAUUACGUAAGAUAAAGAAUUUUACAAAAAGCUGGGUAAAUUUCGACAAUCUUCAAGGUGCGUUUUGUGCUUUUAAAGUAGAUAUUUGUAAUAAAAGUGUAAUAAUUUGGAACUUCCACAAAAAGAAAAAUCUGUAAAGAGAAUUAAAGUAAUUACAAUUUACGCGUUUUAAACAUCUAUUAGGAAACGGAUUGGUUUAGGUAUCGCGAAAAAUAGUUCAUACAUAUACAUAUGCACAGACUCACCCCAUAUCGAUUGCCUCUCGCAAAAAAUAUUUUAUUGAGAAAGUCACAUAAAUUAAUUAAUAUUAAGUUGCGAUUGGUUUCGUGUUAUCACAUGUUAUAGACAGCCUGUGUUGAGUUCACCAUGACGGAUAAUACCAAACGGUAAUGAUAAUAUAUCAUACAUUACUACAGACCACUUGUACACACUGAUGAAGUUUUACACACACAGGAUACGAGUAAUUCUACGUAGAGGAUACAAACUAGCAGUGGUGAGAUUCGCCGUCCUUUUCUCUCUAUAUGUACAAAUUAUUUAAUAUAAAUAUAAAUGAGUAUAUAU